CAGCCGGAAGGUCCCGCCCGACCGGGCCCGGCCCUUUCCGUCCCGCGCCGCCAUGGUGGGCAAGGCCAAGCGCCCGCGGCUGCACCGCGCCGCCCCCCGGCCCGCCCGGGACCCGCCGCCGCUCCCCGGGCCCGGGCUCGGCCCCGCCGCGGGCGGAUGGAGCGCGGCGGCCGGGAAGGACUGGGACUUCUCAUCUUCUGGUGUAUUUUCUGGGCUGAAAAUUGACCCUGAUACCCUAGUAAAGAAGCUUGACUUGGACUCCAAAAGCAUCAUUUCCUCCAGAACAGGUUUGGAAGAAAAAACAGUACUUUCUAAAAAAGAGAAGAUGAAGCUGAGGAAGGAACGAUGGCUGCAGAAAAUAGAAAGCGUGAAGAUGGCCAAGCAAAAGCAAAAAGCUGAAGCGAAGCGGAAAGCAACACCUGUGGUGGGAGACAUGCAGCCCUUGAUGGAAGCCCUGCCUGAGCUCUCUUACCUGACCACAGGUGGCAGGGGAAGGAAGCCUCUCAAAAGCCACAUAAAAGCAAAGGCAGAACCAGCAGACUUCUGUCUGAUGAAACAAGCUCAGAAACACCAGCUCCUAGAGGAGGAAGUGGCUCGGUUUCAAGAGGUUAUCAGCGAUCCCCAGUACAGAGCCAACCCCCUCCUGGCCAUCAGCAAGCACCUCUCCCAGAGGCUGAGGCAGGGGGAAGAAGGGGAACCCCUUUAAGAGCUUCAGCUGGGCCCAGACAUGCACAGGCUGUGGAGGAGCACAUCCCUGGCACGACGUCCCAGCCUCUUGGGUCCUUGGAAGCAGUUCAGCAGAUGAUGAAAACCAAGAGCCCUGCUUUCUGUCUGCGGGAAUAAUGCAGCUCUCUCCUGACAGGGGCAGCUGCUCCUUUACGGGCAGGCUGCAUGGAGCAGGGUGUUCUGAGAGAUUCUUGUGCGGGCAUUAAUGUCCCUGCAAAGUGUCUUGGUACAUUUGCUCUUCUUGUGAGCAGGUAUGGUUUCUGAAAUUGUGCCAAACGGCCAUGUAUCUGUUUUCUGUCAUUCCCCCUCUCUCCCUAACAACUUUGAGAAGAGGUUCUUACUUACUCUGUUCAGGACCCCAAGCUGUGGAGCCCAGGAGGCUUUUGGAGUUCGUCGUGACCAGUGCUGCUGUUGGUAGAGAUUGUGUUCUGUGAGAAAUUUAGCUUUGGAAUAAACAUACUUUCAUGCAGCACUAA